ACUUUGAUUGAAUGCAGAAAACGAUAGGAUUCGAAUCUUUAUUAAUUUCUUUCUCCCUGCAAUUUUCAAAGGAUUAACGCUCUGAAUUUUCUUUGUUGUUUGUUUGUUUCUCGAGUUUCUUUUGCCUUCUUUCCAUCUCCGCGUUUCAGUUGCUUUCAUCCUUAGCAGUCAAUUGCUUCAUCAUUUCCUGUUAAUCUCUCUUUUGGUUCAGUUGAAGAGGUCUUUGUCGUGCUGAUUCCUGUGUUUUUUUAUCAUUGGAAUAGUCUCAGCUUGUAUUCUGACAGAUGUCCACGUCCGGAAGUUUGUUGGAACUGGAGGUGUGGGAAAAUGGAAUUCCUCACGGUGAACUGCUUCCUGCUACCAGUGAUAACGAUGGUGGAGUUAUUGUGGAUAUGCAGCAGCCUAUGGACUCCGACGCCUUUUUGACGGCUCUGAGGACGUCCAUGUUGGAAUGGAAGAAACAGGGAAAAAGGGGAGUUUGGAUUAGAUUGCCUAUUGGACUUGCAAAUCUUGUUGAAACUGCAGUCAGGGUAAAAACACAUGCUCUACUCUUUAAUCUUCUGACCACUGUCUAUGUUUGACAGUUACCCAUCUCAUGUUACAUGCAGAUUUCUCUCUUUUAUGUCCUGUAUCAGGUAUUGAGGGUUAGAAAAUCCUCACUUUUUCUUUUUUUUCUUUUUUGACGGUAAUGGUUAGUAGUUAAGUAGGUUAAAAAUUGUUAGUAAUUGGAGAUUCGAUCCUCAGAACAGAUGAUCUCUCACCUUCUCAUUAAAGCGCGCAACCCAUCGAGCUGCUUGGUGGAGUUUAGAAAAUCCUCACUUUAAAAAAACAAAAGAAGAGAAAAAAAAAACUGUGUACAAUAAUGACAACUACUGUUAAGCAUAGCUCAGGUGAAGUGGGGAGGACCAAUAUUGUGAUUUAUGGAGAGUGAAUUUUUGUUAUUGGCAGGCUCUUAUAUCUAACUCACAUGUGCUUCUUUUGUGUUUAGUUCCAUUUGAUACAUAUUUCACAUUGAUUUUAGGAGGGAUUUGUGUACCACCAUGCUGAGCCUACUUACCUCAUGCUUGUUUACUGGAUUCCUAAGACAGAAAACACCCUUCCUGCAAAUGCUUCACAUCGGGUUGGUGUCGGUGCUAUUGUAUUCAAUGAGAACAGAGAGUUGCUUGUAGUUCAGGAAAAAACCGGUCGUUUCCGAGGAACAGGAAUUUGGAAAAUUCCUACUGGAACUGUUGAACAGGGUGAGGAUAUCUUUAAGGCAGUUGUACGAGAAGUCAAAGAAGAAACUGGAAUUGACACAGAAUUUUUGGAAGUACUAGGAUUCAGGUAUACUUCACACACAAUAUUUCUUACUGUGAUGUGUGUGUGUAUCUUAUUUAUGGAGUAUUGGAUGUUUUCUCCUUUUUAAUUCUUCAUUCCCUCUUUUACCUGGAUCUGUACCUUACAAUAACAUUUUUUUUGCCUUCAUUGUUUUUAUCUGUUAUGUUUUGACUUGAACUUCAGACAAUCACAUAAAUCAUUCUUUGAGAAGUCGGAUUUAUUCAUCAUAUGCAUGUUGCGUCCAUUAUCCUUUGAUCUUCAGGUGCAAGAGCAAGAGAUCGCUGCAGUCCAGGUACUUUUGUAUUGCCAAUUACAUCAACUCAGCAAGCCUUGUACUUAUUGUCUUGUCUUUAACAAAUCAUUAUUAUGAUAGAAUUUCUUUCACAAAUGAGACAGGAAGCAAAUAUCCAACUAAUUCUUGUUGUGAUGCAUUCAACCUUUUUAGCUUUCUCACAUAUAUAGUUCUUCUUCUAUUAAAGCUCACUUUCUACCUUUCUAGGUUCAGAGUGUGACUUUGACAAACAUCUACUUCAUUCCCAGAAACAGUAUAUGGCAAAUGCUUAUAUUCUUAUUUUAAUUUGAAGCUGAUGGCAACACAAGUUACAACAUUAUCUAUGUAUCUCCUGUAUUGCAUGCUUCAUGUAUGGAGGUCUUUUUCUCUACUUGUAAACAAGUACUAGAUGUGAGACAAAAUAGCAGUUAGUCUUUGUCCUUUCCUGCUUUGGUUUUGCUGCUUUUGUGGCUAAAGAGUCUUCUAAAGAAAUGGUUCUAUUAGCUUUUAUGUUCAAGUUGGUCUUACCUUCAGUUCCUGACAUCAA